AUGCAUUCACUGGAUAAGAUCAAUCCCCAAGCCGUGCGCUUGGCGAGGCCACAUGGCAUACAUGUGGGAGAAAUGGUCUUCAAGGAGAAGACCGUUCUUGGAUCUGGCUACUCUGGCGAAGUUAAGCAAGUGGAAGAUGAAGGAGGACAUAAUUAUGCCUUGAAGAUUUCCAAUGACAAAUCUAUACGCUUCAUACUAAACGACUCGCCCAGCGCAAACGGGAGAACGGGGGCGACGCUUCCGGAGGCGAGUGAGUUUGAAAGGCUCAGGAAAUUAUAUCACGCGGGCGUUCCUGUUCCCAGACCAUACGGUUUUCAAAUAUAUGCUAAUGCGGAUGGUAUUGGGACAACUUCACUGCUGAUGGACCUUGUGGAUGGACCCACUUUGAGGGACUGGCUGAGUGCCCAACAAGGGGGAGUCACUGACAAAAUUUCGGGGCGGUCGCAGCACCCGGUUAUGACGUACCCGGAUGCCUUGGCUCGAAUCGACGUGGCAAUUGCUGUGGUGGCGAGUCUCGUUAAGCUGAGGCCCUGGGGUUUGUUUGCUGAUUUCAAGCCUCGAAAUGUGAUGAUACGAGAGCAAAAAAUGGACAAAUCGAGGUACUUUUCUGCGUCGCUCGUGGACAUUGGGGGGGUGGUUAUGUAUCAGGACGUGUCCACAAAUUCGCACUACCGUCGGCCCGAGUCGUUAGAUGAGGACCAAUCGGUCAUAUUCUUCCAUCCCAUCAAAGACCGGUAUCUGAUUGAGACGACUUGUUCAUACUUGUCUCCGGAAAUGGCAAUUUUGAUCUCAGAGUACGACUACUGGCGAGGCCGAUUGCACAACCACUUCUUUUCCACGCAAGUCGAGGACAAUGUGACCGCGGCGGAGCAGGAGGUGGCUGCUCGAAUCUACGGCGAAAGUCAAAAGAAGAUUGGGCGGCAAGGUCGGAACGACCAGGUGGAUCCGCGGGCGGUGCACAACUACCUUACUGCGCGGCGCCGGUUCAGUGCCGUGAACGUGUUGGGUCGUUUCUUUGCGAUUCCGCAGUUGAACGGUGGCGCGUCCGCGACCGCAGUGUCUGCGCUGGACAACAACAGUGGCGUGCCGCUGCAUUCGGACAUUGUGGCGGUCUCGGAGAAGUCGACGGUGUUCACGAUGGGGUUAGUGUUGACUGAGUUGUUUGGGGGCAAGCGCACCGGCCUGACGUCGUUGACGCGUUUGCGGGCGGUGAACGAUAUCUUCAGCUCGGAGCACCACAACGCGGAGUUCCGGAUCGUGAUGGAGUGGGAGGCGCGAAAUGCGACCCUCGGUGCGCUGAUCGGGUCUGCGGUGUCGACGCGUUGUCCGAACAGCAACGAGACGGACGGCCGGUCGGCGGUAACGCACAAGGCGCCUACACCCGAGCACACGGACAUCAGUUGCGACUGUUAUUUCGACUUGUACCGGCGAUAUGCCUACCCGUCUGAGGGCAUCCUGCGCGUCCCGGACCCGCACGACCUCCACACCGGCAUGGCGCCGCCCUAUGACGUCGACUGCGCCGUCCGCGUCAAACGCCUCUUGGACUCCUGCCUCCGUUUCAGUCCCGGCCUCCGCCCCUCCCUCAACAAUCUGCUCGAGGAACUCACUGGUCUCAAACGUUACAUCUGCUCCAAGGGGGUCGUCCAACCUAAACCGAACCGGUUGACACCUAGCACUAGCAUCGGGAGUCGGGCAGCCUCAUCACUGAGGUGA